CAAAGUUCGCAAACUUUGACUUCAAUACAUUUUCAUACUCUGUGCUUUUGCGACAUAACCCCCACCCCCACCGGCCACCGGCCAACUCACUCCCCCUCCAACUUAUAUCUCCUACCUUCUCUAACCAAUUCCCUUCCCGCAACCAAAAUGGUGAAAGCCGGGAAAUGGUUCCGGGGACUCCUCGGCCUCGGAAAAUCCGAACACCCCGCCAGCCCGGACCCGAAACCGCCCAAGAGGCGAUGGAGCUUCGUGAAAUCCAACAAGGACACCCACCGGGCGCCGCCGCAGCCGCAGCAGAAGUCUCCCGUCGCGGUUGACAGGCUCGCCGAAAACGGAGACUCUGAUCCGGCCAAACAUGCCGUCGCGGUGGCUGCGGCGACAGCGAAGGUGGCCGAGGCAGCUAUCGCCGCUGCUCAGGCGGCCGCGGCGGUGGUGCAGCUGACGAGCAGCGGGAGGUCCUCUGCCGGCGUGAACUCCGGUAAGCGGAGCGGGUGUACGACAAAUUCAACGGCGUGCGUUAACCGAAACGGCGCAACUUACGGGGUCCGCGAAGUUCUCGCGGCGGUUAAGAUCCAAUCUCACUUCCGAGCUUAUUUGUCAAGGAGAGCAUUAAGAGCAUUGAAGGCACUAGUGAGGCUGCAGGCAGUGGUUAAAGGUUACCUUGUAAGGAAGCAUACGGCGGAGUACCUGCGAGGCCUUCAGGCAUUAGUCCGAGCCCAAUCCCGAGCUCGUUCUUCUCUUAAGACUUCUGAAUCGCCUCAAUCCAGUUCUAAAUCUGUUCAGUUUCAUCAUCCUGGGCCACCCACUCCAGAGAAGUAUGAACAAAGCUUUAGAACGAGGAAUGUACAAAAUGAGGAUCAAACUGCUCUCAAGAGAAAUCAUUCGAGGAGGAGAGUAACGGGUGAGAAGGACAGAAUGCGAUCUAACCGUCUGGACUAUAGGAUGGAUCCAUGGACCUUCGAACACCACAGAGGGUCUUCAAGGUCGGGCCCAAUCGAUGACUGGAAAACAGACAAGAUUCUUGAAAUGGACACGGCGGGAAACCCCAAACCAAGAAACCUCUUCCACAGCUCUCAUCUCAGCUUAGUCUCCGACCAAUACAGUCUCUACAGCACCACAUCAAAGGACUCCACGGCCCACCAAAUCGUCCAUAGCCCGUCUUACUGCGAGGCCCAAUCCGUAAGCCCACACAAGUUCGAUGAAAGUUGUUUCUGCACUGCUGACAACAGCCCACAAUACUACUCUGCCUCAUCCAAAGGUGGUGGUGGGAAUGGUUUGAGGGUAGGACCCUUCACUCCUUCCAAGAGUGAUUCUACAAGAAGCGUCCUAAGUGGUUACUCUGACCACCCGAACUACAUGUCCUACACAAAGUCAGCUAAAGCUAAGAUGAGGUCUUUCAGUGCCCCUAAACAAAGGCCUCACCAGUACGAGCGGUCUAGCUCGACGAAGCGUUACUCUAUCCACGGGUAUGGUGGCGGUGGUGAGCUUAGAACAAACUCACAACGGGCCCAGGCAUAUCCAGGCUCAGGCCGGCUGGACAGCCUUGGAAUGCCAGUUGUUAGAGACCGAGUCGGGUUCAGCGAUGGUGGCGUUUGGCAUAGAUAUUAGGCUGUUUUGAACGGUUUACCAAUGCUAACUUAUUUGUGUAGCUAUGAAGGGUCCAUUUUAAUUAGUUGUUGGGAAUCAGUAAAAAGCUACUCUACGCUUGAUAAUUGUAACAUGAAAGUCUAGAAUCUCUACUUCAUUCACUGAAAUGUUUAUAUGCGAAAUCCAGCUCUUUUAUUUUUUCAUUCACUUUUUGC